AUGGGGGUUCGAUUUUGUACAGAGGGCAACUUAAUUUUAAUUGUAAUCGAAGAUAUCGAAGAAACAAUUGAAUGGAGGAGGUUGCAGGAGAAGAAGGAGAAGAGAAAGAUAAAGAAAGAGAAAGAUAAAAAAAGAUUAAAAGCAGCCAUAAAGAUCCAGGCCUGGUGGCGCGGCACCCUGGUGCGCCGGACGCUGCUGCACGCAGCCCUCAGGGCCUGGAUGAUUCAGUGCUGGUGGAGGACGACGUUGAUAAGGCAGGUGGAGAAGAAGAGGCGGGCAGCCUUGACUGCCCACACCACCAGGGAGCGGGCAGUGGUCAAGCUCCAGUCUUUGGUUCGUAUGUGGCGCAUCCACUGGCGAUACUGCCAAGUGCUCAAUGCCCUCUAUGUCAUCCAAUGCCACUGGCAAUGCCACGACUGCCAGACAUGCGCUCUCCUCCGGAGUCACUGUGUGGUCACAGCCACUCACCUGCAGUUCCACAUUGAGAUCAUCAACUCCUAA